AUGGCCCAUGGCCGAACAUCUCGAACAAAUAAUAUAAAAAUAGACAACUUCAGCACGAGUUGGGCGGAUGGUCUCGCUUUCUGCGCUUUAAUACACCACUUCCUUCCAAAUGCCUUUGAUUAUCAUAAACUCAAUCCAAAAAAUAGAAGAUACAAUUUUACUUUGGCUUUCCGGGUGGCUGACGCAGAGGCUGGUAUUGCACCUCUACUCGAUGUUGAAGAUAUGGUUAUGAUGCGGAAACCCGAUUGGAAAUGUGUGUUUACGUAUGUGCAAUCUAUAUAUCGUCGCUUUAAGGACGAGGAUUAAGAAAUAUAAUAUGCAGUAAA